UUUUAUCCACAAUGCGCCCUCUAGAGGCAUAACGUUUGUCUUAUUGGAUCGUCCUUCUCAUGAAAGGAUAUAACGUUUUGAUCUAUGGUUUUGAUAUACGAACAAAUUCCUGCUCACAAAAAAACAAACAAAUGUUUGCGCAGUUGCUUGGACGAUCACGUGUUCCAUUACGUGCUUCAUGAGUGUGUGAGGAGAGUCUGCAGUGAGACUGACUGACACGCGUGUUUUGAUCAUGGAGAUUCUGGGCAGCACUUUUGAUGAUUCUGUGUUUGAGGAAGCACGGAACAGAGUCUCAGCUGCUCUGCCCACAUAUGAGCCCAAACUCUGCGAACCUCUGUGGUUUUGUGUAGAUGGAAAUGUCGAGGAUGGAUUAGAAGAACAGAAAUCCUUCAAGUUUCGAGGUGAUCUCGCUUACAGGAGGAAACAGUAUCAGGUGGCUCUGGAUGAGUAUGUAUCCUGCCUAUCUCUGGUACCAGAAGGAAACACAUCAGUGAAGAGAGAUGUGCUCGAAGGGAUCGCACGCUGCUGCUGUCAUCUGGGGAAAAAAGAAGAGGCUCUAAAUGCCUGUGAAAAACUGAGGACAGAAGUGUCCAACACCUGCCACCUUACCUGCGUCCUUCAGCUGGAACUGAGUAUUCAUGAUCACUACAGGGAGCUGGCAAACAGCAUCUCCUGCCUGCAGCAGCUGUGCUGCCUUCAUCCAUAUCAUCCAUGGCACUGGCUAAAUCUGGCCAUGAGCUUGCGGAGACUCCUGGAGUCUGAUAACGGUCCAGAGAGAUCCAGCACUGAGGAAGAACACGAGAAGCAGCUGGCGACAAAUAACAUUUUAGCACUGAAGACCAUCAUGUGCUUGAUUAGAACAAGGCUGCUAAUUGAAAUCCUGCGGAUUCAGCAGUUCUCAUUCGUACUGAAGAACAGCCAGAGGGCUCUACAGGACAUUGAGGAAGCUCUUCAUGCUCUGCAGCCAACAGAGAAAAUGAUCCAAACAACCUCUGAGGUGAUGGCAGAAGACCUCAAUCCGGAGAAGAUGAGGGAAGAAAGCCAAGAUGGAGAGAGUUUAUCUGGCCUUUAUAUUAAAGACUUUGAUGACAGGUGGUGGAAUAAACUCCACACUAAACUGCAGACGGCAGCUUGACCCAUGCACGGAAAACUGGAGGAGACAUAUGAAUGAUAUGGAUAUUGUGAUUGUACAUUUAUAAAUCUUUUAUUGGAGUUACAUGCUUUUACUAUUACAAAGCACAAUAAAAUAUCUGCUAAUUCAUGCAAUAAGCAC